AUGGAGAAAGCAGAGAUGGACAAGUGGGAGUAUGAUGCAGUCAUUGAAGAAUUCCAGAUUCUGACCAGCAUUGACAACCCCAAUGUUAUCCGUGUGUACUGUUUCUAUGAAACUGAUGAGAAGUUCUACAUUGUCCAGGAGCUGGCGAAGGGUGGAGAGCUCUUUGAUGAGCUGGAGAAGCAUGAAGCACAUUUGCCACAGAGACCUCAACUUGAAAAUAUCCUGUUGGAUGACACAAGGAACUAUGAGAAGCUGAAGGUGAUUGAUUUUGGCCUUGCCGCCAAAGUUGAGCCUGGAGAUAGACUGUUUGAGAUGGUUGGCAAGCCAAGGUACAUUGCCCCAGAGGUCCUUGGUGAUGAUGGCUAUGACCUCAAGUAUGAUAUCUGGAGUGCUGGAGUCACUGCUUACACUUUGAUGGCUGGGUAUCAUCCUUUCGAGGCAGACCAUGAUGUGGAGGUCUACCAACAGAUUGUUGAUGGGUACUUUGACUUCAAGGGCCCAGAGUGGGAGACAGUCUCAGACCAGGCCAAGGACUUUGUGAGCAAGCUACUGACCUACAAGGAUGAAGAACGGCCAACAGCAGAGGAGGCCCUCAGCCAUCCCUGGAUCACUGGUGAUAAUAGUGGUGUGCCCUUUGCUGCUGCUGAGCCUCAAAUUGUGUGGAGUGCAGUGGAGCUUCGUCGGAAGGAAGAGCUGCAGCAAUUGGAUGAUUACAUUCGUGUUGAGAAGCAUAGGCAGCAGGUACACAUGACUCAGCGCGCCGCUGCGUUGAGGGGCAAAGACAGCCCUCUUAUCUUCGAUCGAGUGCAGAAGCUGUCUGCCAGGCUUGGGAAAGUGAAGGACGAAAACAAAUCUCUCAAAGAUUCUGCCAAUGCAAUUUCCCGUGAAACUAGGAAAUUGGAAAGGUCAACACUUGUGCAAGCUCACAGGAUGCUCAAGGACAAGCUUGACGGUUUGAAGAAAUUCAAAGCUGAAGCAAAGAGCACUCUGGCCAAUGUGAGGCAGGAACGGACAGAUGUGCAAAAAGAGCUCGAGGAUACCAAAAUAAAGGCCGACAAGGUGCAAUCCCAGAGACAGGCAUUGGUGGACUGCUUGGCUGCUGUUUCGAAUCGCGCACGGGGUGUUCUCGAGCAAACUAACCCGAUGUUGCUGAGAGCGGUUGACAAGAUUACCAGCGGAAAAGCGGUCCAGGGAGCUGCAACGGCGAAGGGAUCGAAGAUUGUUUCAGGCAGCAAUAGAACUGGAAGUACAUGCACUGACAGCAGCGAGAGCACCGAGAGCAGUGAUAACCCAAACAAUAUCGGUAACGAGAGCUUAAGCUCCAUUGGUCACGAAAGCGCAACUAGCAUGGGUCAAAGCACGAGCAUUAUCGGCCAAGAAACGGCCAGUGCCCUGGGAGUCAACAACAACACAAGCGACAAUGGUGGGCACAGCAGUGUGAAGUUAGCAAAAGAAACUCCACGGGCCACCACCAGCGAGCCAAAAAACGACAAUACCAACGGUUUUUCGAGCAAAGUUAGCGACAAACAACCAGGCUCUGCGCCUCAACCCAAGAAGAAGCAAAGCAAAGUACGCAAGGAUUACUCAUGGCAAAAUCACGCCGAAACUGAGGGGGCAGCUGCAAGCGCAUCUGCGUCUACGGAUGUUUCAUGCCCUCAGUUAGGUUCUGGUGACCAAAAAGGUCGAAAAGUUCCCACCCCAAAAGGCAGCCCAAAAAGCAGCAAGAAAAGAGCGUCCGUAUCGACGGACAAGGCCGAGAAGAAGGCCGCCGAUAAAGACAAACCCAACAAGAAGAAGAGCCCCAAGAAGCGGCUGAGUCUUAGUGAGUCCACCUCGUCUAUGGGUGCAGAUGACGCUACCCCAGCGGACAAGAAGAAGAAGAAGUCUUUGUCUAAAGAGAAGGCUUCUGCGUCUUCUGGCAAAGAAAAGUCUUCGUCAGGCAAAGAAAAGGCAAAGAAAAACAGACAACAACAACUGCAACGUACCGACUCCGCACCGUCUGUGAUGAGUGGCGACGAAGGCCCUGACUUCGAGCCGGAAAAGAAGGGUCGACGAGCCAAGCGUCGCAGCAGCUUUGGUUCGGUGCCUGAUGUUAAGAAAAUUGCUGAAAAAGUCGCAGCCAGUAUUGAGGAGGACGACAAGGAGUAUUCCUGGGAGCAACAUGGCGCUAGCAUGCGCCGGGCAAACACAGACACCUCCCUGUUGAAUUCGCCGAAGCGAGAACUCGCCCCCAGACGAAAUAAUUCUUCCGACGAGAAAAAGAAGAGCGACAAAACACGCAAGAGCAAGCGAAGAUAG